AUGGUGCAUUACGUCUUAGGUCAUCCUGCGUGGCUUGCAUUCACCAUUGAAUUUCCUCGUGCAAGUGAAGGAGAGGAAGAGGGUUUUGGGACGUUUUACUUUAUUAUCCCACGUCGAUAUCAAAAGCUCAUGCCAUCUUCAUACCACAGAAUACAAGUCAAGUUUCCCCUGGGUAAACUGGUUCAUGCUGUUAAGCCUAUAGAGCCAGCUCUAGUCAAAUCACUGCCUGAAGGAGGAAGCAAAUUCUCAGUGUUCGAAAUUGAUGUCAAAGAUGGCUCAGAUCCUGUUGUCAUUGAUUUUGGACUGCCUUUUGACAACCCAGGCCAUCCGAGCGACGGAUGGAUCAACAAUUCACAGCCCAUCGCUGGAAGCCAUACACUACUGGAUGCUCUCUCCAAGCGAACUUUCCGUUUUAUGGUAGACUCGCCUUUGGAGGAUAUCCCGAAAUCGUUUGUCCUAGAGUACAUUCCACCAUCCUUUUACUACCCUUAUGGCACAGAUCACAGCUGGGAUCUUGGGCGCUAUAACCGAAUGCUCUCCUAG